AUGGCCCCCGUUCCUCCAUCCAGCCGUGCCUCCAUCCAGCUGCUCCUCCAUCCAGCCGCUCCUCCAUCCAUCCAGCCGUUCCUCCAUCCAGCCGUGCCUCCAUCCAGCCGUUCCUCCAUCCAGCCGUGCCUCCAUCCAGCCGUUCCUCCAUCCAGCCGCUCCUCCAUCCAGCCGUGCCUCCAUCCAGCCGUGCCUCAAUCCAGCUGCGCCUCCAUCCAGCCGUUCCUCCUUCCAGCCGUGCCUCCAUCCAGCCGUGCCUCCAUCCAGCUGCUCCUCCAUCCAGCCGUGCCUCCAUCCAGCUGCUCCUCCAUCCAGCCGUUCCUCCAUCCAGCUGCUCCUCCAUCCAGCCGUUCCUCCAUCCAGCUGCUCCUCCAUCCAGCCGUUCCUCCAUCCAGCCGUUCCUCCAUCCAGCCGUUCCUCCAUCCAGCCGUGCCGCCAUCACCACCUGAGCGGGAGGCGAGGCCGAGCCCGCGGCACAGCGCCCCCUGGCGGAGGGGCGAUCACUGCCCCGGCCUGGCGCCCCCACCGCCCCCUGGCGGCUGUGACCGGAACUGCAGCACAGCGGAGGGCGGGGACAGUGCGGAGGGGACAGCGCUGGGYUUCUGCUUGGAUUGCUUGCACAAAAGUUCUGGUCAGUUUAGAAGAUACAUGUAG